AUGGAUUCUCUCACAACUCAUCCGGCCACUGCGCAGCAAGCCCGGGCCUUCACUUCUCCUGCCUCUCUGUCCUUUCCCGGUGGUGCUGGUGAUCUCACGCCACCUUCCGAAAAAGACGCGCACAUGGCGAUGGCUCAAGGUGCCAACGGAGGUUUGAAUGGUCAGCAGCAGGGAGCAAAUGCCUCGAAUGGCAACGGGGUGGCGCCCGCAACUCCCGCUGCUACUCCUGGUGCCAACACUCCAGGAAGCGGCAUUGUGCCUACGUUGCAAAACAUUGUCGCCACGGUCAACCUUGACUGUCGCCUGGACCUGAAGACCAUCGCGCUUCACGCAAGAAAUGCGGAGUACAACCCAAAGCGUUUCGCGGCCGUGAUCAUGCGUAUCCGAGAGCCGAAGACGACUGCUUUAAUCUUUGCCUCCGGCAAGAUGGUGGUUACUGGUGCCAAGUCGGAAGAUGAUUCCAAGCUGGCCUCCAGAAAGUACGCCCGUAUCAUUCAGAAGCUCGGCUUCAACGCCAAGUUCACGGACUUCAAGAUCCAGAACAUCGUCGGUUCCUGCGACAUCAAGUUCCCGAUUCGCCUGGAGGGUUUGGCUAGUCGCCACCACAACUUCAGUUCUUACGAACCCGAAUUGUUCCCCGGUCUCAUCUAUCGCAUGAUGAAGCCGAAGAUCGUGCUCCUGAUCUUCGUCAGUGGCAAGAUCGUGCUCACUGGUGCGAAGGUCCGUGAGGAGAUCUAUCAGGCUUUCGAGCUGAUCUAUCCUGUGCUUUCGGAUUUCCGUAAAGUUUAAGUCGGCCUUGUGGCUCGAACCAGGAAGAUUACGCCGUCGCCUUCUUCCACCUUUCAUCGACAUGUAUUAACAAAACUUUUCUUCGUCGACUCGCUGUGGGCGCUUCGGACACAUCGCCCGUCGAUCGAUUAGUCGUGGUUUCUCUUGUUUCUUUGCGCACGUUACGAUUCCUCAUGCUAGCAUUUGUACGGCGUUCUAGCGACUCGGUUUUUGCUACCUGGUUGUCUCUUUUAUCAAACUCAAAUCGUCUCACCAUCUUAGAUAGUCGCACACCGCAGAUCAAGGGGGCGGUACUGUGCGCUGGUCGAAUGGUUGCCUCCUUCUAAUUACUGGUUUUUCUGUUCUUCGCCUUCGGGCAGCGUCUCAUACAUUGGG